UGUUUGAAUCCCACUGGUGCUUUUUGGUCUUGACGAAGUGAACGCGAAGCAAGAUAAGGUGUGUCGCCGACAGUGACCAGUAUCUCCAAACUUGGACAAUGCAGCUACCCGCGAGGCGAAAGACAUCGUGUUCCCAGAGUUCACAGUGAACCUCACUUCACCGCGCAAACAGCAUGCACGAUUAAGUUUCGUCACAUGCCACAGGUCGCAAAAGAAGUCUUUGUGUCACCUUCGCAGCCUGUUGCCCCCCGAAACUCACCUUUCUCUCUUCAUUUCCCAAAAUCUGCGAGCUGAGCACUCACCUUCCCGCGCCGCACAGAAUCGUCAGUCCUCAAUCUGCGUUCGUUAAGACUCCACCACUCCACCAACUAAGCACAACACAUCAUGGCGGGCGACGACAAGACAAUCUUCUCCUUCGAGACCGUGGCCGCACUCGUCGCCGCCCUGAACAGCAAAGGCGGCACUCUCGGAAUGAAAGACUACGAGUUGAUGGCGUCUCUGGACGGCUCGCGCACGGCGUCGAGUUUCGAUCACCAGUUCCGCAAGGUCAAGACUCGCGCGAAGGAGUUGCUUGAGGGCAAGAAGGGCGGCAACGACGGCGCCGCGGGAACCCCUACGAAGAAUGGCCGUGUUGGGUCGAAGAGUGCGACGCCCGCGUCCGGGAGGAAGCGUGGUGAGUUUUGCCGUGAGCAGAUUUCUGAAGGAUUGUACGCUGAUCAGCUCUACAGGUCGCAAGGCUAGGGAUGAUGAGGAGAAGGAUGAUGAGGAGGUUCAGGUGAAGAAGGUCAAAGCUGAGCCGGUGGAGUAUGAGGAGGAUGAAGAGGGAUCUGCUGGGGACGACGCGGUGGAGAGUGCGUUCUCUUAGGUGUUGUUUACGCGGCGUUCAGUCCGAAGCGAUGUGUGAUGAAGGACUUCAUCGUCUGAAGGGUUGCAAAGCUAUCGAGUGGUGAGAGAUGGACACGAAGACGGGCGAUUGCAGUGUGCUGGGCUGGGCAAGUCGAAGGCUUCGCUCCACGAGGUAGCACUGGACAUAGCGAUGACUAUGAUGGAGCGUAUGAGAAUGCUGUAACCUGCCCAACGUGUUCUCGGAGCACAUUGUCUUGAAGAGAGGAGUGUAUUCCCGAUGGCGAUGUUUGCACGUUCAAGUUGUGGG